UCAGGCAGCUCCAGCCUCUUUUUUUCUGAGCUCAGCACUUUGGUUGUUUUUCCCUUUUCCCAGUCCAGCUUCAGGCCCUCCUAGCUGUAGCGUUUCCCCAGCUUAACGUCGACAUUUAAUCAAAUCCAGCGUGUAUUUCAUCUCUUUUUUUUGUGACGGCGGACAGAAGAAACAGCAGCAUGGGGGCUUAUGAGGAGAAAAAGGAAACAUGUGGAACUGUCUGCCUGAAAUACCUGCUGUUUACGUUCAACUUUCUCUUUUGGCUGGCGGGAGGAGUUGUGAUGGCCGUGGGUGUUUGGACCUUGGUGGAGAAGAGCGACUACAUAAGCCUCCUCCCCUCCAAGACCUACGCCGCCUCCGCCUACAUACUGGUCCUAGCCGGAGCCAUCGUCAUGGUAACAGGCGUUCUGGGCUGCUGCGCCACCUUCAAGGAGCAGAGGAAUCUGCUGCGAGUGUACUUUGUGCUGCUUCUGUGUAUCUUCCUGUUGGAGAUCCUGGCUGGUGUCCUGGCCUAUAUCUACUAUCAGCAGCUGAAUGAUGAGCUAAAGCAGAAUCUGAAGGCCACCAUGACCAACAAGUACAGACAGGGCGACAAGCACAUCACCGACGCUGUAGACAAUCUGCAGGAGGAGUUCAAGUGCUGCGGGAGCAACAGCUCAGCCGACUGGGAGGAGAGCAACUGGAUUCGCAGCGCGGACUCAGAGGGCAGAAAGGUUCCUGACAGCUGCUGUAAGACUAAAAUUGAGGGUUGCGGCCGAAGGGACCACCCGUCCAACAUCUACAAGGUGGAGGGAGGUUGCAUCAGCAAACUGGAGAAAUUCAUCCUGGACCAUCUGAAGAUUAUUGGCGCUGUGGCCGUUGGGAUUGCUUGUGUACAGAUCAUCGGGAUGGUGUUUACAUGCUGCCUAUACCGAAGUCUGAAGGCAGAGCCGUACUAAAAAGAGUGUGGGUGAAGGAGGUAACCUCGUUAGCAUGUACCAAACUCCUGUAGCUCUUAGCCUCUUUCUCUGUCGUGUACAUUGGAGAAAAUUUUUAUUUGUUUUUUUAAUUGCACAUCUGAGGAUCUCAUUUUAGGAAACAAAGGGUGGACAAAACACUACAAACCUUUUUUUUUUUUUUAUGUAAUUAGGCGCUCGGAUUGCAAUGUCAGCCUCAUUUUCCCGAUCACAGCAUGGGGAGGAAGAGCCUCUGAAAGCAACCAAUGGGAAUUUUAACACAGAUCAUUUAAAUUAGUUAGGAAUAGCCUCCUGGAGACUUAAGCAUUGUUGUUUUCUGCCACACUGAUUCCCAUAAUGUAGUUUUAAUACUCACGGGGCGGCGGGUACGCAAGGAGAGUGGCGUAAAGAUCAGUGGAGUAAAACUGGCAAUUUGUAAAAACGUGUUAAUCCUGAUCUCAGGAGCUUCUCCGUACCGGCAUCGCGGGCUUCAAUAAGAUCUAAUCUCUAAAUCUAACAGCAUGUUGUGUCAACGUUAAAUGUAAAGUCAAACAUUUCAGUGUGGCCUUUUUAAAUAUUCAACAUUCUUGCAAAUGAUUUCCUUUCAGGGUUUUUUGCCUUUACUGCCUGAAGUGUCUUUAUACCGUCUUUAUGUGUUUAGUCAGCUCUGCCACGUGUCACAGCGUCGCUGGAUUCAUACACUGUCGGAUUGCUCCGUGUCAAAGCCAACGAUCAUUAAAUGAUAUUAUGAUAAAUACAAGCAUAAUGUCGCUUGUAAGAAAACGUCUGUUUUUAAUUUUACUGCCUCGUUUUAUAGAACUAUGCCAAAGCUAUAAACGGUAAAAUUAAACCUACUAUAUCAGAUAUAUGUGGUACGGAUGUCUCCGCACAGAUUGUAUUUCUUAAAUUAAUGUUUUGUUUACUAUUUCUAAGUACACCUUGACUAAAAUUUUGUAUUUAACUAGUAGAAAAUGAUUUCCACACUGUUGGUAGUUAUCGUUCUAUGCGUGCCUUCAGGGUAGCACUGAGUUAACCUACUGUAUUUCUGUUUUUAUUGUACGAUCUUAGUUUGAAUAAACACUGGCCCAUGCUA